AACAGUCAAGGGGAUGGACAAGUACUUUAAAGUUGAUGUGCGCUUAGCAGCUUAGCAUUAGCGCUGACUGCAUCAUGCCAUCCAUCUGAGCUUAGCACCUUUCAAUAUUAAACCAAAUAAAUAAACGAAAACACAAUUAUGGAUUAUCUUCACAUUAUGCCAAACAAGAGUGAAGAGGAGAUGACUUCCGAAGAGCGGAUGAGGGCAGAGCACAUAAGGUUACAUCAAUUACACAAGGGGCAUGAAUCAAUGCACGCAGAAAUGUUACUUAUUUUGUUAGUAACUCUGGUUGUAGUUCAAGUAAUACUUGUUGAGUGGAAGAAGAGACAUUUUAGAUCGUACCAGUUUGUAACGUUGAUAGGAGUGUGGAUAAUACCAUUUGCGAUUUGCCUGAUGAAUUUUUGGUGGAGGUUUAUAUUUUUCUGGCUGUUAUUCUCCUGUGUGACAGGACUCGUUGUUAGGAAAGCCCUUCAAAGACCCAUCCGAGGAACUACACCUAGAUUAGUGUAUAAAUGGUUUUAUUUUAUUUAUCGGUUGAGUUACGUCCUGGGUAUAAUUGGAUACUUGAUAGCUUUUGCCACAUUCUUCGGAUUAAAUCUAGUUUUUGAUACUAAGGCGCCCACUUGGAUGGAUUGUGGAUUACUAUUUUUAUUUUAUGGACUUUAUUUUGGAGUUUUGGGCCGUGAUAUUGCGGAAAUAUGUGCUGAUAAAAUGGCGUGUCAUAUUGGGUACUAUGCACCCAAAAGUAUGCCAACCAGAACCCUAGACCCAGGAGUCUGCGCUGUAUGCGGUAACAAACUUCUGGUCUCAGAACACGAGGAAGGUGUCAUAGAAAAUACUUACAAAUUGAGUUGUGACCAUGUGUUCCAUGAAUUUUGUAUAAGAGGUUGGUGCAUCGUUGGAAAAAAACAGAUGUGCCCAUACUGCAAGGAGAAAGUUGAUCUCACGAAGAUGUUUUGUAAUCCAUGGGAACGACCACAUGUGUUAUUCGGUCAAUUACUCGACUGGAUUCGGUGGUUAGUGGCCUGGCAGCCACUAAUAUUAUUACUAGUUCAAGGUAUUAAUUGGGCAAUGGGUCUCGAGUAAGUAAACGGUUGAAAUAAAAAAAGUAACACCCCACCCUAUCACCUUUCAUUCACAUGAACUAGUUAAAUUAAUUGCUGGGGAGUCAAUUCUAUCUACUAGUUUUCAUCAUCAAAGUAUAAAAAUGCUAUAAGUAAACCCAAAAAUUUAUUAUAUCUUAUUCAGAAAAUAUAUCAGAAACUAAUGAUUCUAGGUGAAUUUGACAGAUGAAAUUUCUUAUAACUGAUGAGGUCGAUUUACGGUGGAUAAGAAAAGUCAAAGCACUGUAUCAUAAAUAUAUUUCAACUUUCAUUUUGAUUGAUUUGAAAGCCUUCUUCAUUUUAAUACUUGAUGAAAAAUGAUAUUUUCUGCAUCAGAAUAAAGCUGAUAAAGCUUUCUAAUUUUUGCGUCAGUUCUUCAACUGUAUUGAACGCAAAUGCGUGUCAUUCCUACGUGUGAUUCCUUGUCUAAUGAAUUUCAUUUAACGUAUUCGAAAUUUAUUUAAUGAAUCGAAGAAUAAAAUUGUAAAUUAAUUUAACCUUAUAAAAACAAAAAUCGAUUUCAUUGCAUCAUUCAAUCCCCUCAUUUUGUAUACAUGGAAUAAAAUGUAUAUGCAGAGUUUCUCCUUCCCUUAAUCCAUGUAGAGGAUGUCCUAUAUACCUGUAUUCGUACAUUCGAGUUUUUCACGUUCAACAUUCAUAGUACCUGAAUUAUCAGAAAAUACUAUACUGUACUCGUAAAUUUGUACAUUUGUUGUAACUUGUUACUGUCUUCUUAAGUUCAUUCAUUUUUCUAAGAACCGUAAUCGCUAACAAAUAAAAAACUGUGAAAAGAACGAGCUGUAUAUAUGUUGUAACUGAUGAAUUUACAAUUUCUAUAUUAUAAAAUGCGCCAAAUGUCAAGAACCAAUGAAUGCUUGCAUUCAAAAUGGAUUGUAAUAUAAAGGGGAAGAUUCAAAGAAAAUUAAAAAAAAUGUGCAGUAUUGA